AUGACGUCCACUUUAUCACAAGAUCCCAUCUCUUCUGUUGACCCUCGGAGGCUCGAAGACGUUUGCAAAAAGUACGCUGAGGAGGCCAAGAAACGUUUGAGGCCUGAGGGCGCUUCUCAGUUUCUUCCCCUCAAUGAAGCUCCGGAGGGGCGACUUCAUUCACUACUCGAUGAUCCUUGGGCAGACCACGCAACUCUAAACGCAAAACCAUCGCCUAUUCUGAAGGAGAAAGUCAUUCGAUUCUUCGUCCUUGGUGCAGGCUUUGGAGGAUUGGUCUAUGCAGUGCGCCUUAUCGAAUCCGGCGUUGCAACUGCAGACGAGAUCCGACUGGUCGAUGCCGCUGGUGGAUUCGGUGGUACUUGGUACUGGCAUCGUUAUCCUGGACUUCACUGCGAUCUCGAGAGCUACUGCUAUCUACCUUUGCUCGAGGAGACCGGCUACAUCCCAUCGAAGAAAUACGCGCCAGCUGCCGAAAUUCGUCAACAUGCUGAGCGCAUUGCUUCUCGAUGGAAGCUGGACGACAAGACUCUUUUCCGAUCAGACGUAAAGAGCCUAGAUUGGGAUGACGACAAGGAGCUUUGGAAUAUCAAUCUUUCCGAGAGAAGAGGUCCAGGCUCAGAUACCAUUCAGCACCAGGCUCAAGCGCAAUAUGUCUACCUGGCUGCCGGCGUUCUCACCAAACCACAAGUACCCAAAGUUCCUGGCCUUUUGUCAUUCAAGGGCGACAUAUUUCACACGUCCAGAUGGAAUUACGAUGUCACGGGUGGAUCUCAGGAAGACCAGUCCCUCAUCAACCUGCAAGACAAGAAGGUGGCAAUUGUCGGUACCGCGGCAACGGCCAUAGGAGCAGUUCCCGCGCUGGCGAAGUACGCCAAGGAGCUUUAUGUCAUUCAACGAACGCCGGCCUAUGUCAAGCAACGAGGCCAGCAAACGACGGAUCCCGACACUUUCAAAGCUACUAUCGCAAACAAGAAGGGUUGGCAGUUUGAGCGACAAAUCAACUUGAACCGGCACAUGACAAACGCCGUGCUGCCUGGUCAGCCCAACCUCGUCAAUGAUGGCUGGACUGAUAUGCCUGCUUAUUCUGCGGUGAUGGGGUCUCCGGCCCAUGGGAUUGUGAACCCAACACCGGAAGAUGAAGAGCGGAGAGCCACUUGGUUUCAUGCCUUAGAUCUGCCACACAUGGAGGCAGUCCGCGCUCGCGUCAGCAACAUUGUGAAGGCCAAGGAGACUGCUGAGAAGUUGAAGCCCUGGUACCCCUCGUGGUGUAAGCGCCCGACAUUCAGCGACGAAUAUCUGCAAUCCUUCAACAACCCGAAUGUCCAUCUCGUCGACACGGAUGGGAAGGGGCCAUCUCAUGCCACAGAAACGAGCAUCGUAGUUGGAGACGAGGAGUACCCAGUUGACAUUAUUAUUUUCAGCACCGGCUACUCCGUCGCUGGUGGCCGCACGGGAGGCAGCCCGGCUGGAAGGGUUGGUGUCCAAGUCCUGGGACGUAACGGGAUCUCUAUGGAUGAUAAAUGGCGACGCAAUGGGCCUGCCACCCUCCACGGAUACGCUACCAACGAAUUUCCCAAUCUCUUCUUCUCUGGAACAGCACAAGGCACUAUCACAGGGAAUAAUGUAUUCAUGUUGGGUCUCAUUGCUCGACAUGUCACAUACAUGAUAUCCGAAGCCGAGCGCCGUGUCGGCUCUGGUAAGAGAGCUAUCGUGGAAGUGACUACAGAGGCAGAGGAGCAGCACAGUCAAGAGGUUGCCAAGCGAGCACCCUUCUUCUCCUCACUUUCUGGAUGCACGCCAGGAUACUUUAACGGACACGGACAGGCAGCUUCAGAGGAUCCUGAGGAGAAGAAGAAGCAAGCACGAGGAGUUGUGUGGGCUGAAGGUACUGUCUCUUUCUUGGACUAUAUUGGAAAGUGGAGGAAUGACGGCAAGCUGAGAGGUCUCUCGGUGACAGCAAGACCUACCAUCACUUCGAACGAAGGUGGCAGGUUGUCCAAGCUCUGA